AUGAAGCGCACAAAGGCUCAGAGACAUAAUUUAUACAUUUUUGGCGCUCAAAAGGUACAUGUAACCUUCACUCUGCUUUGGUGUUUGUGUAAUUGCUUCUUAUAAUCUGCCCUGACAUUGUAACAUAAAGUAAGCAUAGUUUAUCAUUGAUUCACCUGGUGAUCACCAGCCAAUGGAAAAGGCAUUGGCCAAGUAUUGACACAUUGGCGAGGAGGGGUAGGAGACCCCCAAAAAAGUCAUUGUCUUGUAGUACUGGAUGAGACACUUUUCUCUUCUAGUAAUAUUCUUUAUUUACCACAUUCUCCUCUCUUUCCCUUCCUCCCCCCCCCCUUCUCAUUCCUUGAUUAUCAAGAAGGUUCUUGGGGCGAUUGAAGUAAUGGUAUUCAUUAUGAAAUUUUUUAGUCAAGUUAAAUUCAGUUUUGGAAUGGUUACAAAAUAAUUUGAUUUUAUCUAAUGAGGUAACAGAAAUUGGCAGCCAUUAAGAGUUUUAGGGUAAGCCUUUUGUCAGAAAAUAUGGUGAGGUUACUCUGUGGAAUCUCAAAACUCAGACAAUGACAUACCUGUUUAUUUACUUUAUAAUUUUAGAGAUGAAAAUUAUGUUUUCUGGUCAGGGGCUAUUUUCUCCUUUAUUAUAUUUCUUCUUCUUCAUUCAUAGAUCCAAACACUCUGACUCAAUUUCCUGCACCAUCCUCUAUAUAUUUAUUUGAAUUUUAGAUCUAAGAACCAUUUGUGAAUCAAACAAUAUCUCUAAGUUGAUAUUCUCAUUACAUUUCUGCUUGAAAUUGUCUGAUAUUGUAGGGGGAAAUUUGGUUUUUGGUCAUUCCUGGGAGUGAAAGGAUUAGGGGUGAGGGGUAAUCUGUGAUAAACAACCAUCCUAUUUAGAGAAAGGUGUUUUUCAUCUUGUCAUGGGACAAAGAAAGAAAGAUUUGAUUCCGCAUGAGGAAUUGAACCUCAGACCUUUGGAUUCUGCACUCUGAUGCUCUACCAUCGAGUCACAGAGACUGUAUGGUGAUUAAGGCCUAUUACAAAGUUCUUAUGACACAUGUCCCACAUACUGUUAGGAUCAGCAAUGUCAUGUUUGUUAAUAGAAUAAGGGAGAUGGUAAGUUUUGAGGAAUCGAACCUCAGACCUUCGGAUUCCAUGCUCCGGAUGUAUUACCACUGAGCCACAGAGACUCUAAUUUUGAACAGAGCUUAGGAAAUUGGAAGAAUGUAAUCCUUACAUUUUCUCAUGUUGAGAAACAAUAAACCUAAAACUUAAGUGUCAGAAGGCAAAAAGUUUAACCAGAAAAAAAAAACAUCAAAACAUCCUAUUUAAUAUGAGAAGUAGUCAAACCCUUACCAUGAUUGCUUCCUGCUACAGAGUCAAGGGUAAGGUUUGGCAGCUAAAUGAGUGAGUCUCCUUAUUUGCACAAUCCACCAGAUUGUUAAGGGUGACCUCCUUACUAUGGUUAUUAAUUAAUUUACUUUUCAUACCUGAAAAUGUAUUUUCAGUCUGAUUAAAUUUAACAGGUUUAAUUUGUUCCACUAUGCAAUCAUUUUCCAGUUAUCUGUAAUAUUUGACAUAAAAGUGAACAAAUAAUAAUGGAAUGUUCUUACAGUUUGCACAUCUAGUUAGAAUUCUCAGGCAUAUUGCUUUAUUUAGGGUACAUUUUUAGUGUACCUUAUCAGUUUCACUUUUAAAAGAUUUUUUUAUCAAGUUUUGAUGAUCCUCAAUUGCUGGAUUUGAUACGGCAUGAAGAAAUGUAUUUGAUUCCAUUACAGUACCUCUCAGUGAUUUAAUGUCACUUACUCAGAAAAUGUUUUCAAAAUGAUGAGCUCUUGCACUACUUGAAAGACAACUAGGCACUGAAUACAGCAAGCACAAUACAACAGUCACCCUCCCUCCUCUAAAGAAUAUCAAAGUCCAUAACCUUACCCUAUAUGUGAAAAAAAUUUAUACCCAUGCCAUUAACGUAUUCUGUGGUGUAGAGAAUGAAGAAGAAGAGUUAAGUGUUUUAGUUUAGAAAGAGACAGUGUCAGACAUUUUUGGUAGGACUAUAAAUUAUCUAUAUUAAGGCUUAACAAAGUAUGUUGUGUUAUAAAUAUUAUUGCAAGAACAUUGCCAUUGUUGACUUAUUAGUUAAUUAUUUAAAUUGAUAAGUGCAUGAAAUUUAUAGUUGAAAAAGGUUCAAAGAAAAGGAUAAAAAAAACCACGAGAUUGCAAAGAACUUAGGCUUUAAAGAUAUUAGUAUGUCCUUGGAGAAAGAUUUCAGUCAUGUUGUGUACCUUGUACAGUGUGCAGGUAAUAUUUUUUUUUCUAAUAUCAGAGAGUUGGCUUACAGGAAAUUCAGUAAUCUUGUCAUGGAAACUUAAAAAAAAAAGGAAAGAAAGCCAACUUGGAGCAAUUGCCAGCCUGUUACUUUAACAGUUAAUGAAAUGUACUAAAUGUUGUUCAUUCUUCAGUUGGUUUCUCACCAAAUUGCUGUUGCAAUUUGCUGUUAUUUUCUUGUGCAGUUUAUAAUAAAGCAUGGAUGAAAUGAAGGCCUUGAGACAUUCAAAUGCAAUCCUGAUCUGAUUAAUAACAAAAUGUGUUUGACAAAAACAGAUGAAGAUCUUUUGUUUCCCCUAAAUUGUGUAAAACAUGACGUGUAAGCUCACUUUGUGUUGCAAUGUCUAUAACACACAUGUGUGUUCUGCUUUCAGGGUUUAUUUAACUGAGCAAUGUGUGUUUUACAUGUGAUUAAGUUAUAAGGAGUAUUAAAAAUGAUAUUUUGACAAUGGUAACUGUUUUAUUUUUCAAUCCCUGCUAAAGGCUAAAGUUUGAGAAAAAAUCCCUGAUCCCACUAUAUCUCGUUUAUUGAUGCCAGGAUGGUGAAAGUGAUAAAGAUAAGGAGCUGAAAUUGGGAAGGAGUCUAAAAUGCACCUUUUCCUCCUAGAUAGUCAUUAGAAACUUUUUUUUUUGAGCUCCUGCAAUUUUUCUUCUUACCUGGCUUUCCCCACUUUCAUAUUAAAAACAAAAAUUGUAAUGGACAGACUAUCCAGCUGUAUAUACAAUACAAUUCAUUUUUUUUUUGUUACAUUUUUAUUUAAUGUGACAGUUUCCCCCAAAAGGAGUAGUUAUUAAUACCUUUAAUUUUUAUUUUUGUUACAGAUGGUUGAUGACCAAGUAGUUCCACAGUUUUCCAGAUUUCUUCAUGAUGAUCCUUAUGUAAAACCAUACCAGACUGAGAUAGAGAGAAGGUAGCUUUGCACUGGGGUCUUCUGUGCAACUUGUGUAGUUGCUACACUCUUCAAAUUGUGGAGAGUUUAAUUUUUAGUGUAACGUUGUAACUAAAGAAGUGCAAAGAACUAGAGUCAGUCAUUUGGUUAGAGGGGAAAUACUUGUUGGAAUACAAGUUUGUUCACAAAACUUUGUAUCGCAUGAACCAGCUUUAAUCCUAUAUACCUUAACAUUGGUUUCUCCAUAUUGGUCUUUUUAUGCAUUUCCAAAGGAAAUGGAAUUCGUUUUUAACAUUCAAUAGCUUCUUUAGUUGGUGAUCAUUGCCUUUAUUGCAGUGACCUUUAAGUCUGAUUCAGGGGUGAUACUGUAAAGAGAAAUUAGAUAGAAUGGGGAUCAAUACAUAUUGAUAUGCUUCAGUCAGUCACUGUAUUUCAGAGGAAAAGUCUGCAGCCACUUUUAUCUGUGAGAUUUGCAGACCAAAUGGCAGAAUAAGGAAAUGCUAAGGGUAAUGCUUGACAGUGCUUGCCAGAGAGACAACUGGGUAAGGCACAAGAGUUGUGUUCUUACUUGUGACCAUUGUGUUUUUUUAUUGUUAACAGGUACAAGUGUUUGUCCAAACUAAAGGAUGAUAUUGAGAAGAAUGAAGGUGGAGUGGAAAAGUUCACCAGAGGUUAUGAAAAGUUUGGGAUCAACAGAACUCCAGAGGGUUUGGUGUACCGUGAAUGGGCCCCAGCUGCUUGUGGAGUGUAUCUCACUGGAGACUUCAGUGAGUGAAACUGUUUUGAUGAUUGCUUUUUUUUUUAUUAGCAUUGGCUAGUCAGCUCGGAAUUGUCUGAAUAUUAAGUGAUCUGUGGCUUUUCCAGUUUGUUAAUUGCAGGCUAGAUCUGGCUGGCAAUUUUGAUGGACAAAGGGAAAUUUACUUUUUAGACAAGUUUUUAAGAUAAGGUAUGAAGAGUUCAAAUCACUUUUUUCAGAUGGCUGGUCCAGAACUUCUCAUCCAUGUACCAGAAAUGAGUUUGGGGUCUGGGAGCUAGUCCUCCCUUAUAAGGAGGAUGGUUCAUCGCCAAUCCCCCAUGGAUCAAAAGUUAAGGUAGGCGUGGAAAGAUAUUUUUUCAUCCUUUUGCCUUAAACAAGUAUUUUGUCAGCAACAAGGAGUAACUUGAUUCAUUCAUGACUUUCUUUGUAGGUUUCAAUUCAGCUUGAAAAUGGCAAUUUAGUGGAUCGCAUUUCUCCUUGGAUUCGUUAUGCCGUUUGUCCUGAGGACAGCAUUCUGUAUGAAGGAAUCCAUUGGGACCCUCCACAGCCAUACCAGUGGCAGCACAGUCGGCCCAAAAAAACUUCAGGCCUGCGAAUCUACGAGGCUCACGUUGGUAUAGCUUCCCCAGAGCCAAAAGUAGCAAGUUACAAAGAUUUUACACACAACGUCAUUCCACGUAUAAAAAAAUUAGGAUACAACUGCAUACAGCUUAUGGCUAUCAUGGAACAUGCGUAUUACGCCUGUUUUGGUUACCAGGUAACCAACUUCUUCGCUGCCUCCAGGUGAGGUGUUUGAUCUCGUUUGAACAGUUUUUAUCCCUUAAACUCUCACGAAUAAUCAAGACAGAAUUUCUCCUUACAAUAUCAUAAACAAUAUCAGAAAAUUGUAUGGCAGACAGUAAGGAGAUUAUUAAUGAGAUCUUGAGAGUGAAAGGUUUGAACUUUCGUCAGAGAAGGUUGUCAUUGAGUAAAGUUGUCCACUAAAUCUGGAUGCUGACGGGACUUGUUGAUGAACCAAGUGGCUGGGAGUAAAAAAAUGAGUGUGAACCCGACAUUCCUUUAUUUCGUAACAAAGAAUAUCCUUUUAAAAAGAUGUUAGAAUUUUUUACAUUGAACAUCCCGACACUUGGAAUCCGUAAAGCCGCUAAAAUAUAUUUUUUUUCAUUUUAGCCGUUAUGGUACGCCGGAGGAGUUGAAGGAACUUAUAGAUGUAGCACACGAGAACGGCAUUUUAGUCUUACUGGAUGUAGUGCACAGUCAUGCCGCAAAGAAUGUGAUGGAUGGCUUGAAUGAAUUUGAUGGUUCACAAAGCUGCUAUUUUCAUGGGAGUGGACGUGGAUUUCAUUCACUGUGGGACAGUCGACUCUUUGACUACACUCAGUGAGUUCACCUAACAGAUUUGUUUCCAUAUUGCAGUGAACAACGUUGUUCUUUCUUUAUGUUGUACACUCUUCGCUAGUAUGCAUCUCUCGCUUGUGCACAUAUUGAUUGCAGCGGCGGAUCUAGGGGAGGGGCCAGGCCCCCACCUUACUUUGGGUAAAAAUAAAGAAGAAUCGCAGAAGGAAGAGAAGCCGGCAGGGCAAGCGACACACCCCCUCCCCCCUUAGCUCAAGGUCUGGGUCCGCCUCUGGUUUGCUCCCCCCAAACUUUUCGCGAGCUUCACAUCUCGAUGAACGUUCACUGAACCAACUGCUGAAUGAUUUGAACAAUUGCUUAUUCAGGUGGGAGGUUCUCCGAUUCCUUCUUUCCAACCUUCGCUGGUACAUGGAAUAUUACCAUUUCGAUGGCUUCCGAUUUGAUGGUGUCACUUCUAUGAUCUACCAUGACCACGGAAUGGGACAUGGAUUCGGCGGAGACUAUCCGGAUUACUUUGGACUUGGAGUAGAUACAGAAUCACUUAUCUACCUCAUGUUAGCCAACGAAAUGUUGCAUACGAUUUAUCCUGACGUUAUCACGAUUGCCGAGGUAAAUUUAAACUAAAAAUUUAACAAUCAGUGUAUUCCGUAGAAUCCAUCCGGUGCUUUGUUUAUCAAAUCAGGUUAAAGGUGACAGGAGACGUCUGGAGCCAAAAAAAAAAAAAAAAGAAUUGUCUGUGUUGUUUCAUUCAUUGGGAAAGUGGAGUCAAUUGUUUGGACUAAUGGUUAAUUCUUUACACCCUAACAUCAGUAUGCAUAUUCUCCAUACUGUUCUCUAUACAUUUUGUAGGGUGCUGUCAAGGAGAGUUUGUAAAAGGGAAAUAAAAUUUUAGUCACUUUUAGGGGUUAAAGGAUUACCAGUCAAUCGAGUUUUCAGAUUGUACAAAAUGUACAUGCGAGGACGGUCUCGAAAGGGACUGCUAUCGGUGAUAGUGACUGCCGUUUCGACACCGUGAGUAGAAAUCGUCAUCAGAACCAUUGUGUCCUUUACAAUGUAAAUGUACCAUGCAAUGUACCAUUGCAGGAAGUGUCAGGAAUGCCCGGCCUUUGUCGUCCAAUCACUGAAGGUGGAGUGGGUUUUGACUAUCGACUUGGAAUGGCCAUCCCGGACAGAUGGAUUAAGGUGAAUACUCAGAUAGAUCAAAACUAAGCUUAAUCCGCGCAUCCUUAAUUCUGGCUUUGCUUCGCCAAGAUAUAAAAUGUAUAGCAGCUAGGAAGGAAAAGUCAGACUCGUAUUUUUAGAGUCAAAAGGUUCAGGGCAGCAAAAGAAUAAAAUAUUUGAUUUAGUGUCGUUUUGGUUUUGCUUUACUUAGAGCAAUUUUCAUUGAAGUAAAUAAUCCAGAAAUGCUUUGUUUUUGCAUUACAUUGCUCAAUGAUUGGUCUAGAAAACCCGCGACACUCUCCUAAGCCAAGCAGAUUCAAAACUUAAACCAAUCACGACUUAGCCACACGCGUUUUCACGCGCUUUACGCAGUAUUAGUUUGAGUUCUCCUUGGCUCUUAAUGGUUCUUUUCUUUCCUCUGAUCGGCCGUCCUGAUUUCUUUGGUUUUGGUUUUGGUUUUAGGACAGUCAAUCGAAAAGUGCUCUAUUCUGUAAUCUAUUCAGAAAACGUGCGCCAUGCUCUCAACGAGUGAUACGCAAAUCUAAAUUCAAUCGACGCUUGGUGACGCUUUUCCCGCCUCAAACAAUACGCUUGUUUUUUCUUUUAGUUUCUUUAGCGCUAGUUUUAUUUUCCUACGAUCAAAUUGCCUUUUUCUAUUACUUUGGUUUUGGAUUUCCGACCCUCACCACUUAAGUGCUCUCUAAGUUAUUCGUCUAGUUUUUCUGUGGCCAUUUGAAACAUCAAGGGUUUCAAUAAUUUUUCUGCACAAGCGUCUGCCAAUGAUGCAAUGGGCGACUUUACUCGAAAAGGGGUCGUAAGGCGAAACCCAAACACGAGAGCAUGCUUGCAGGCUAAACUAGCCGGCAAAGUAGGCGUAAUUUUGGCGAGUGAGUGCUCAGUAUAUUCUUAACGAAAAUUAUGGCCGCCGUCUUUGAUUUUAUUGGCAGGGGAAGGCCGGGGAGAGAAAGAAAUUUGUACCAGGGGGGUGGUCGUCGGUCAAAAAAUAAGGAGAGGGGUAGGGGUAUGGAAGUAAAGAUUCCCCUGCCCCCUAUCCCCACCGUCCACCCUAACACUAAAUUAAACAAACGAUGGCGAGCUUACAACGUUAGCUCGCACUAAUAAGACGCCUGCACCUCAGGCUAAGGCUAAACAGACGGCGGUAAGAAGUCUUAUAGGCGGCGGCAGACCCAGUAAUCGGCUUUUACUAAAACCCCUGUCACCAAUGUUUCAAAGGUUCUAAAGGAGCUGAAGGACGAGGACUGGCACAUGUGGGAUAUUGUGUGGACUCUUAUCAAUCGACGUCACAAUGAGAAAACCAUAGCUUACACAGAGAGUCAUGACCAGGCCCUUGUCGGUGACAAGACUAUUGCAUUCUGGUUAAUGGAUAAAGAGAUGUACACGCAUAUGUCGGAGACAACGCCGUUGACCCCCAUCAUCGAUAGGGGAUUAGCAUUACACAAGAUGAUAAGGUAAAUUAUAUUUGUUUGGAGGUUUCUUCUCGACUCUACUUUUGUCUCAGUUUUCAUAUCAAGACGAGGUGAUGACUGUUACUAGGAUCAUUUCCCAACCGUUCUGUUUUUCUUCUCAGAUUGAUAACCUUUGGUCUGGGAGGGGAAGGCUACCUGAAUUUCAUUGGAAAUGAAUUCGGACAUCCGGAAUGGUUGGACUUUCCACGCGAGGGGAACAACAACAGCUAUCACUAUGCACGGAGGCAGUUUAAUCUAGUGGACGAUCCGUUGCUUAGAUACAAGUGUCUGUUUGAGUUUGACCGAGCCAUGAUGCACCUGGAGGAAAAAUACCAUUGGCUGGAGUCUUCUCAGGUAAGUGGUUAGUUUUAAAUACUGUAUCUGUAAGGGCUCGAUCGGCUAAGUAGCUGUAUUUUAAAAAAGUUUAGAUUGACCUUGAAUCUAAGGCACUAUUUUAUGGUGCAGGUCUGUAAAUAAUUCUCAAAGGUAUAUUUUCUAUUCACAUUACUACAAACUAGUUGAAACCCUAAAAACGACGUCGACUUCUUAAUGAUAAAGAUCUAACUUCCUGCGCAUGUGCUGAUAACGGGAUUUACGAUGAGCUGAUAAAAUAAUACCCAUUGCUUGGUUUUGGAGGCAUUUUCAACGCUGAGAAUUCUGCUUACCAUAAUCUCUCAAACUAUACACCCAUAAUCCAAUGUAGGUAGAAUAGCUUGUUUAUAUAUUCAUAAUAAGUUAAUAACACGAUCUAUAUAAUGUAUAAUAAUUAUAUAUUCCUAACAAGACGAAAUUCUAUUCAAAGUUAACAUUUUCGUUAAUUUGUUUCCAGGCCUACGUUUCCUGUCACCAUGAAGAUGACAAACUAAUCGUAUUUGAAAGAGCUUCAUUAAUGUGGGUGUUCAACUUUCACCCUACCAAGAGUUUCGCUGACUACAGAAUCGGCGCCAGCAUCGCUGGAAAGUAUCCUGAACGAAACCUAUCGAUAGAUUAACCCAAAGCUAUUUCAUGCUGAAUUCGAUGGAUAAGAUCGAUCUAUCAAAUUUCGCCAGAUCCCAGAGUUUCUUUCAGGCUCAACUUUAGCGGUUUGUUCAAUUUCGGCGAAGGAGCACAGGCUCGUUAGUCGACCAGCGGCUGACGACCGAGCUCAAUCUUCCCGGUGUGCUUGUAGGAAAAAGCAGUAAAGGGGCAGUAUGCCCAAGAAACCGUACUAUUUUAAACUCUGCCAUUGAAAGCCUUUAUGAAAUUGGAAUCUCAGAAGUCGGUUAAAGAAACUUUUGUCACUCAUUUUUUCAAGGCGGUGAUGAAGAUUACAUGAUUUCUGGAGAAUGGUUCUCUUUUAAGUCUCCCGUACUUUUGUUUUACGUGCACAAACGCUUUACUUUUAGAGUGACUGGGAAAACACAUUCUUUAUCCCAUUAUUUUGAAGAGACGUAAGACCUUACAGAAAGUAGAGGGAUUACAAGGAUGACUUGAUCACGUUUCUUAACGAAGGAUUACAGAUACAGAAUAGUUUUGGAGACAGAUUCAGCUGAGUACGGUGGGCACAAGCGAUUGGAUCCAAACUGUGAAUACUUUGUAGACAGCCAGCCAUGGCAUGACAGACCAUUCUCUCUUUUGGUAAGUUCAUUGUGUGGCGGGAAUUCUAACGCGGCGUUGCUGUCAACUACCCUUCGUCCCCAGAUCCUUUCCUUCUUUUUUGUGGCGUAUUUUUCUUUUUACUCGUACCCAGGCAUUUGCCCUACGCAUCGACAUUGACUACAUUGCCCUAAGUUCUUAUGUAUCUGUGCCUUUUUAUUUUGCAGGUCUACAUUCCUUGCCGUACAGCCCUAGUUCUAGCUCCUGUAUAACGUUUACUUCAUGGGCUUAUUAAACAGAUAGUGUGGGAAUCUCUGCCAAUUUUUAUACUGAGAUAAAUGGGCAUUUUGUACAUGGUGAACACAGUUCCCUAUAAGAUAUGUUAUAUCAUUAAAGUUAAUCAACUAUUUGUGGGAUAUUCUAGGUCGAUAUACAAUUUUUUUCUUUAUUUGAGUUGAAAUAUAUUAAAGUGAAAAAAUCACAUCUCUUAAAAAAGGAGAUUGCAGGAACAUACUCCUGUUUUGUGACGUUUUCAUUUUUAGGUUAUUAGGGUGUGUGUUUAAAAGUUGAAGGAAUUGCACUGAAAGAUCACAAUCACUGCAGUAUUUUUUAAUACGAGCAAAGUAUGAAUCUAAUGGCAGAAUUUUCCUCCUUUAAGUUAAAAUGUCGUAAAAGAGUGAGUCAAUUUUCAUGUGGAAUCGGUGGGGUCGUUUGACGAGUCACUUAACCUAAUCAAAUAUCAAAUUUUAGUUUAAAACUUCUUACUACUAGGAGUGACAAAGACAGAAUUUCUCCUCACAAUAUCAAUACAACAUCAAGCAGACAAGUGAUAAGAGUAAAGACGAUUAUCAAUUACGAGAUUAUUAGUUGAUCCAGGACCAAAUUAUCCCAACUGACAUCAUGAGAAUUGUCUGGAGAUUUGGUAGAGAUCUUGAGAGUGAAGGGGUGAAUUGUCAGAGUUAACUGCUUGUUAUGGAUUAGUGUCGGCGUGUUACGGAUGAGAUGAGGGGUGUCGUUGUAUAGUGGAGCAAGUAAUAGAAAAAUAAACAAUUUAUUUGGGAUAUUUUUUCUGUUGAUUUCGUGUAAAUUUCGUAUACUUCAGUAAUCUGUUUAUAUGAAUGGACUUUACACGCGUGAUGCUUUUGACACUUUCUGUACAGGUACAAUAGCAGUG